UAGGUAGGCCAAUAACCGCCGCCCAAAAGACCAGACGUCGAAUCGUAGCCGCUUUGGCUCAAGGCUCAAACCAUGUUGGUCCAUUGUUGCUGCGCGGGAGUUCGCACAGCCGCAUUCUCAACAUACACGUGUUAUAUAAUCGGCAAGUUGAGGGCCACAGGCAUCUAGCAAGUCGCCCAGCGAUGGACUAUGUGAUGAUGGAACGCCGCUUCUCUGAGGAAGAUCUUUUCCUUUUGUACGCCAGUCUACUCGCACUACAAGAAGUUGGGCAGGAUUAUGCUGCAGAUUUCGCCAAACAUCUCAGCACCACUGUAGUCAAAGGCGUUCUCAUGCAACAUGCAACAGUUUAUCGGCGUCAACAGGACGGGCAUCGUGAAGGGAGGGCUCGUCGCGACUCUUCAGAAGCUCGGGAUGAAGGGCUUGGGCGGUGUGAUUCCUGUUGCGACGGUGGUGGCAGGUGUAGCCAGCGCGGUGGCAGAGUCCUACCAGGAUUGGGUUGACGCUGAGGAUGUGGCCCGUGUUCUCGUCAACGCAUCGCUACUUCCGUCCAGCUCGGAGUUGGAUGAGAUAUUGCUCAAUGCUGGGUGGAAGAAGACCAGGUUUUGCACCAGGGUGAUGGAGGUUCGCACUGCAGCACGGCGUUAUGUAAGAGGUCGCCAGUCUGCGUCGGCGGCAAAGGAUCUUUGAGAUCAAGCCAUGUCGGCAGCUGCACAGUUGGGAAAGAACGCACCGACCUGGAGCAUCAGAGACCUGCUCUGGACGGGCAAGAGUACUGUUGCAUACCUAGGGAAAAAAGCACAUGCGGCAGCUGACACGAGCAUCAGUGACUUGCUCCAGAUGGGCAAGCAUUGGCGCAACACCAGCGAGGGGCCCAAGUCUGAAGGCCCUGGCGCAUCUGGGCCUGGUUCCGAAAGGAGGCGGAUUCUGCUAGAUCUGCUGCGCGAUUUGGAGGUACGCCCUCGUACUGACUCCGAGGCCGUGCAUCUGCGCUCGAAGCUCUGACUCUGUGCGCUGAUGGUGUCCCCCGUGCUCACACGUGACA